UGUACCAGCUGUUUAUCAUGAUUCGAAUUUCUGACACAAGGUGUCAGUUGGCUUUAAACAUCAAAAUUUAAAUAUGGCGUCACCAAUGGAGAUCGACGAUGAAGAAAACGAUUUGCCUACUUCGAGUAGUAGUAAAGCGGAGAAAAAGCGUUUUGAAGUAAAAAAGUGGAAUGCUGUGGCUCUUUGGGCAUGGGAUAUUGUAGUAGAUAAUUGCGCGAUCUGUCGUAAUCAUAUCAUGGAUCUUUGUAUCGAAUGUCAAGCAAAUCAAGCAUCAGCCACCAGUGAAGAGUGUACGGUAGCUUGGGGUGUAUGCAAUCAUGCAUUCCAUUUCCAUUGCAUCUCGCGUUGGUUGAAGACUCGACAAGUAUGUCCACUAGACAAUCGAGAGUGGGAGUUCCAGAAAUACGGUCAUUAGCGGAAUGUGUUCAAUUGCCACAGAUAUCAGAACCAUCCAGAAUGCCAAAGCCGACGCAAGUUUAACCACGUGUGAAUUAAAGAUGAGAAAACAAUUUUUGACAUGAAUUCAAAUAAAUUAGUGUCAUAUUUAUAAGUGUUGUAGCAGUCACUCGAAAGUGAUGGUUAAAAGAUCUGCUUCAGAACACAAAAUGAUUGAAAUGAUCGCACGAGCAUUAUCAUGUUUAUAUUGCUACAUACAUUAAGCUGAAGACCAGGUGUGAAACCUGGUUAACAAAGUUUCUUAUUCUGUCGGUUAUGCAUUAUAUGACAAUGUAAUUUUUAGUCUUAAGGGCUCAAAUAAAUGAAGAUUAUAAUCUAUA